AUGGGACGUGACGAAACACGAGUCUAUGUGGGUAAUCUGCCUCCGGAUUGCCGUGAGAAAGACCUUGAGGACAUCUUUGCGAAAUAUGGGAAGAUUCGUUUCGUCGACAUGAAAGGAACUCGCGGACCACUCUUCGCAUUCGUUGAAUUCGAAGACCCUCGAGAUGCUGAAGAUGCGGUCCGCGGCCGUGAUGGUUACGAUCUGGAUGGCUCUCGUAUUCGCGUAGAGUUCACCCGCGGUGCAGGACCGCGUGGUCCCGGAGGCCGUCCCUUGAACGGCAGUGGUCGUGGUGUAUACGGCGGUCGGGGUGGCUACGGUGGUGGUUACAGUGGUGGUGGCGGUGGUGGUGGUAGAGGAGGAUAUGGCGGAGGAGGUGGUGGUCGUGGUCCUGCUCGCCGUACGAACUACCGUGUCGUCGUCGAGGGUCUCCCAGCAACUGGCUCGUGGCAGGAUUUGAAGGAUCACAUGCGCGAGGCUGGAGAAGUUUGCUAUGCGGAUGUCUCACGCGAUGGUGUGGGAGUCGUUGAAUUCACACGUCUUGAUGAUAUGAAAUACGCAUUGAAGAAGCUCGAUGAUACGAAAUUCCGUUCUCAUGAAGGAGAGACAAGUUACAUACGUGUACGUGAAGACAGCAGUGGUGGUGGUGGUCGAGGACGCUCCCGAUCGCGCAGUCCUCGCGCUCGGGAUUCGCCGAAGUAUAGCCCACGUGGUUCGCCGUCGCACAGUCGCUCGGCAUCGCGAUCGCCAUCACGUUCAAAGUCUCGCAGUUCCUCUCGUGACUAA